GGUAACAGGACUUUGUGAACACUGCACACACAGAAAAUAAGCAGAAGAAGGAGCAGUUGUCGUCGUUGCUCGGAACCCUGUGGUGAGGCCACAGUCGGACACUAUUACACGCGGCACCGGCGUGGGGGGGAUUUCCGGCUGUGGAGGAAGGUGACGGCUCGGGGGCUGUUAGUGAUGUGAAAUGACAGAACUGAGAAAGCGAAGGGAACAGAAAUGCCCAAAAGAGCUUGUCGCAAAGGAGGAGGAGGAGGAGGAGAUGUUUUUGGAAGUGCCUGUCCCAAAUAAGAAGGAACCGUGCCAAGAAGAGCCAACCCCGAAGGAGGAAGAAAUGACGUGUUCGCCGCAGUCCAAACUGGAGGAGACAUGUUCACUACAGCACACGUCAGAGGAUUCAUGCUCAGAACAACCAACAAUGGACAAGGAGACACGCUCAGAGGAGCUUGCUCCAAAAGAAGACAAACCAACCAGCUCGGACAAAGAAGGAAAGAGUAGAUCUUCCUUUCAUCAAUGGGUGAAAGUUUUCUUUGGUAGCUGGGCAGCCAUCGCCAGUGGUAUGAUGUAUGCUGUGUAUCUUUCUACCUUUCAUGAGAGGAAAUUCUGGUUUUCUAAUAGACAGGAUCUUGAACGUGAAAUCUCCUUUCAGGCGGACAGUGGCUUGUAUUAUUACUACUAUAAAAAGAUGUUGCAGGCGGGGUCAAUCCAGGAAGGUCUCUUUGAACUGAUGCAUGACAACAAGACUUUAUCAAUGAGGACCCUCAAUUCAGUGCAGCAAAUCCAUCUGUAUCCAGAGGUGUUUGCCAGCAUCCUGUACCGUGUGACUGGCAGCCAGGAAGUGAUUGAUCCAGUUUACUUUUACAUUGGCAUUAUAUUUGGGCUCCAAGCGGUGUAUGUGACUGCACUUUAUAUCACCAGCUGGAUGCUGAGUGGGACGUGGAUGGCAGGCAUGCUUACAGUCGUGUGGUACAUAAUCAACCGGACAGACACGACUCGAGUGGAAUACGCCAUUCCUUUAAGGGAGAACUGGGCACUACCAUAUUUUGCAUUAGAAGUUGCUGCUCUCACAAGCUAUCUGAAGAUCAACAUCAACUCCACCAUGGAGAUGUUUUCAUAUCUCUUGAUGUCUGCCUCUACAUUUGCCUUUAUAAUGAUGUGGGAGAUCAGUCACUAUGUGCUGUUUGUACAAGCCAUAAGUCUUUUCUUGGUGGAUUGCCUGGAUCUGGUUCAAACCCGUAAGGUGACUGAUGUAUACAGGAUGUAUUUGGUGUGCCUUGGAUUAGGAUAUUUUUUGCAGUUCAGAAAUUCUGCUUUGCUGGCUUCCCCUUUGCUGAGCUUCCUAGGUGCCUCACAGCUUGCAAAGUACAUUCAGCAAAAUCUGAAAAAUGGCCACUUUGUAGUAAGGCUGAUGAAAUUACUGCUUCAUUUCUACUUGGUUUUCACAGUUGCAUUGACUUUAAACCUUGUGAUCAAGAAAAUGAUCCCCGAAGAAGAAAAUGAACACAUUUUAAAGUUCUUUGAAGCAAAGUUUGACUUGAACACUACAAGGGACUUCAAUACAAACUUGCUGCUGUGUCAGGAAACCUUUCAGAGCCCAUCGCAGGAUUUCUUUAUCCGUCUUACGCACACCUGUCUUCUUCCCUUCUGUGUGACAGCACUGCUAAUCUGCCUUUUCUCAACCUUCGAAGUAGUUUUCAAGAAAUUCUGUAAUGUGCCUCAAACGAGUGAUGGUUCUCUGGAGAACACAAUGAUUGGGCAGAGGCCGGAGGUAGUUUACCACAUGUUCCACACGGUGCUGUUUGGCUCGCUGGCACUGAUGUUCCAGGGGUUGAAGUAUUUGUGGACACCUUACGCCUGUAUGUUCACUGCCUUUGGUGUUUGUGCUCCUCAGCUCUGGUUGACUGUGUUUAAGUGGUUCCGGCUGAAAACAAUACCUCCAGUGUUUCUGGCUCUCAUGUUAAGUACCGCAGUUCCAACAAUAAUUGGAUUCAGCAUGUGGAGGGAUUUCUUUCCAGAAGUUAUGGAUGAACUCUCUGAACUUCAAGAAUUCUAUGAUACUGAUACAGUGGAAUUGAUGAAUUGGAUCAGAAAACAAACCCCUACUGCUGCUGUGCUGGCUGGCAGCAUGCAGCUCAUGGGAACAGUCAAGCUGUGCACAGGGCGGACUGUGACCACCCAUCCACUAUAUUCAGAUAAGGACCUAAGAAAAAGAACAGAAGAGAUCUACCAGGUGUACUCUCGGAGAUCUGCAGAAGAUAUUUAUAUGAUUCUCACAUCCUACAAGACUAAUUAUGUAGUGGUUGAAGAGGGAAUCUGCAAUGAGAUGGGACCAGUGAAAGGCUGCCGAGUUAAGGACUUACUGGAUGUUGCUAAUGGCCAUAUGCUUUAUAGGGAUGGAGACACUGACACAAACCACCCGUUCUCAGUGUUUGGACGAUUUUGUCAUGAGAUUAAGCUGGACUAUUCUCCUUAUGUCAACUACUUCACUCGUGUUUAUUGGAACAGAUCCUAUCAUGUCUACAAAGUCAACACACUGAUAUCAUUCCAGUAUUGACAAAGAAGAAAGACCCAAACAUAAUCUCCAGAAUGGUGUUGCAUAUAUUUAAACUGUGUUUGGGAAGCCAUGUCUCACUUUGUCUAUGGACUAUAUUUUAUAAAGCAUCAUGGCUUUUUAACUUAUUUUUUUUUACAAAUUUGCUUGUAAAGAAAACAGCUCACAUCUUCUUCCCCCCCAGAGCUCCCAGAGCUGCAGAAUAUUUAGUUCCAGAAUGAAGUUGAAGUAAAAAAUUAAUCCCAACUUCACUUCAGAGUUGUCAAGAUUUUAAAUAAAUUCACAACUGGUUCAUCUGUAGUGAUUCCUGUGAUAGUCUGUGUUGGUUUACAGCCAUUCGGUUGCGCACAAGAAUUUUGUUUUGGAUAAAUGUCAGACUGCAGUGUGCAAAAUGUGGCUUCAAAGCCCUUCAUAAUUUGUGGGUGGGAUUUGAGCAAUAUGUUCAGUCUGAAUGCCCAAUUUCUGCCCACAGAUCUAUGAACUUUAUAAGUCAGAAUACACUUUUGGAAAAACGUUACGCAGUUGACUUCAGCUGUUCUCAGACAAACAAAGGAACAGACAGAGCUUUUAUGCUCGGUCUUUGAGAUCUGAUUGAAAGUGGUAUGAAGCAUAUAGUUAGGUAGUGAUUUAGCUUUUUCAUUUUCCAAAAUUGCCGGCUGGCUAGGCUGAAAAGGGAUUUGAUUUUUUAAAAAAAAGUUUAAGCUCUGUCAGCUGUUUUACACACCUGUGCAAUGUACCCCUGUUCAAAACUAACACCACUUUCAUCUUGUUGUAAAUAUGGUACAGUCGGUGUGUUACUGAUGAGUGAGUUUGUGCUGAAUUACAAAAUUGCUGGAUAUUAAUUCUGCACCAUGCUUUUUUUUCCAUUUUAAAUUGUAAUAAAACCUGUAUUCUUAAACACCAA